UGAAGCUCUCAAGCUGGAAGGAGAUGUAGGUUUAAUAAGAUCGGAUUUAUGAGGAAAAUGAAGCUCAAAGUUUGUCUCCAGAGGCUGACAGCUGCUCAGACCGCAGUUACAACACAUUCAGGUGAUGGGAGCCAGGAAGACUCAAUAAAUCUGCCUUUAAAUCCAUUUUUUUCUGCUCAAGUGACGCAAAGAAACCGACAUAUUCCUGCAGAUUCCCUUUCUUUGCACUUUUACAUUUUUUGUUGAUGCAAUUGUUUGUUCUCUGAUAUGAAAACGCAUAGGGCGCCUGUAAAUUAAGCGUUAAUGUAAUGUUGGGCGUGUUACGUGAAUUUUGGGGCUAAAUCUCCAUGGUGACUGCUAAUUUAGAUGAGAGGAAAUCAGAAAUGGCGGCAGCAGAAAUAAAGACUGAGUUUAAAUAACAGCAAGUUGUUGGUAGACCCUUUAAAGCAGAAAUCGGUUAGUAUCCGUUCAUAUGUGGAUCCAGCCACAUGAUUUAGAACAACCCGCUGAACUUAACCUGCGCGAAAAUAUAUGUAAAUCUUGAUUCUUUAGGCGCUAAUGUCUCAUUAUUACAGAAGCGUUUUUUCUUCGAGAAACAUUCUAACGUGUUUUAGAAUCACAGUAUAAAAUGUUUAAUAUGAACAAAUGCGAGAUUUUUAUCAAAGGCUGAAAGGUUUCGUAAGCACUCGUUUUAAUCAUUUUGUAAACAGCAGUUACGAAAGGUUUUGUAACCCGCACAAACGAAGAGUUUGAAUUUCCCGCAAUCGUUUAGGGGUCACGAGAGCACUUCUCGCGACCUGAUUGGCUUGGUCCCUCCCGACUGUUUAAAGGGGCUCAUUUAGCUGCGUGCCCAUUGGCCAGCAGUUCUAGCGCCAAGAUUCCAAUAAAAGGGCGAGCUGCAGCAGAAGCCCUAUACUGUCUCCGUCUGUCUGCAGCUACCAAGCUUUAGUUUUCUGCUCCUUUUAGCUUCUUAGUGUUUUUUUUCUUUGUGUCCGUUUGAACCCGAAAAGUCACGAUGCUGGCCGCGCGCUCCCCGCUCUCAGUGAAGAACGAGCAGACCCUCAGCGGGCAGCUGGACAAAAUGUUUCUGGACAAAGAGAACACGCCUCCGGGCCUGAACAGCAGCCGCAUCCUGGCGUCCAAAACCGCGCGGAGGAUCUUCGACGCUGCUGCGCCCAAAGUGAAAAAGAGCAGCAGCUCGCAGGAGGAGGAGCCUCUGCUGAAGGAGAACCCUCGCCGCUUCGUCAUCUUCCCCAUUGAGUACCACGAUAUCUGGCAGAUGUACAAGAAGGCAGAGGCGUCCUUCUGGACGGCAGAGGAGGUGGAUCUGUCCAAGGACCUGCCGCACUGGGAUGCCAUGAAGGACGAAGAGCGCUACUUCAUCUCCCACGUGUUGGCCUUCUUCGCCGCCAGCGACGGCAUCGUCAACGAGAACCUGGUGGAGCGCUUCAUGCAGGAAGUGCAGGUAACGGAGGCCCGGUGUUUCUACGGUUUCCAGAUCGCCAUGGAGAACAUCCACUCGGAGAUGUACAGCCUGCUGAUCGACACGUACAUCAAGGACCCCAAAGAGAGAGAGUACCUGUUUAAUGCCAUCGAGACGCUGCCGUGCGUGAAGAAGAAGGCCGACUGGGCGCUCAACUGGAUCGGCAACAAGAACGCCACCUAUGGAGAGCGCGUGGUGGCCUUUGCCGCUGUGGAGGGGAUCUUCUUCUCGGGCUCGUUCGCCGCCAUCUUCUGGCUGAAGAAGAGAGGCCUGAUGCCCGGCCUGACCUUCUCCAACGAGCUCAUCAGCAGAGACGAGGGUCUGCACUGUGACUUUGCCUGUCUGAUGUUCAAACACCUGGUGAACAAACCGCCCAAGGAAACCGUCAUCAACAUCAUCAAGAACGCCGUGGAGAUCGAGCAGGAGUUCCUGACUGACGCUCUGCCCGUGAAGCUCAUCGGGAUGAACUGCGACAUGAUGAAACAGUACAUCGAGUUCGUGGCCGACAGACUGCUGCUGGAGCUCGGCUUCUCCAAGAUCUACCGGGUGGAGAACCCUUUUGACUUCAUGGAGAACAUCUCCCUGGAGGGAAAGACCAACUUCUUUGAGAAGCGGGUGGGCGAGUACCAGAGGAUGGGCGUGAUGGCGACGCCCACGGACAACACCUUCCGGUUGGACGCUGACUUCUGAGGCGGCGGCUGCUCUUUGGACUUCAGCCAGUUGGAUUGCAGGCAGGACUGCAGUCGGGUUCAAAUGUUUGUUUGUUUUUUUCUUUUUGUACAUAGACUUUGUAGAGUUUUUAUUAAGUCUUAUUAUAGUUUUAAAUAUGUACAUUUUUGUAAUAAAGUAACUGUUUGUA